AUGGAUUUUCUCUUAAUAUUAAUUCGUACAUUAUGGCUUCGAAAUUCUCAAAAUGUUAAAAUAAUUCUAAUGUCAGCAACAAUUGAAAUAGAUAAAUUAGUUCAUUACUUUCGACAAGUUAUUAAUGGACAAAUUGUUUCAGCUUAUCAAUUUCAAAUAGGUGAUCGACUUUUUGAUUUACCAGAUUUAAAAUUAAGUGAAGCACAUUUAUCUCAUGAAGCAAUUGAUCUUGCUGUUAAAUUAAUAAAAAGUUUUGAUCAUGAAGAUAGUAUUAUACAAAAGUUUAUCUAUUAA